AUGACAGUGAACUCAUCUGUGUCCUACUUCAUCCUAACAGCCUACAUCCACGUGGGAUCUCUGAGGUAUCUGUGCUUCCUGGUGGCCGCUCUGCUGUACGUGGCGAUCGUUUUCAUCAACACGUCGCUCAUCGUGGUGAUCUGUGUGAACAGGAGCCUCCAUGAGCCCAUGUACAUGUUCCUGUGCAGCCUGUUUGUCAAUGAGCUGUAUGGUAGUACAGGCUUGUUUCCACUGCUGCUGGUCCAGAUCCUCUCUGAUGUUCACUCUGUUCCUGCUUCUCUCUGCUUCCUGCAGAUUUACUGUAUUUACACGUAUGGAAAUGUGGAGGUUUGUAACCUGGCCGUCAUGUCCUACGACCGCUACGUGGCCAUCUGUCACCCUCUGCAGUACAGCACACGCAUGACGCCUCAGAGAGCUGCUCUCCUGAUUCUGGGGGUUUGGCUUUACUCUCUGCUGAAGUUCCUCAUCACGCUGUCCUUAAACGUGCGUCUGACUCACUGUGGAAACGCCAUCAACAGUCUGUACUGCCAGAACUACCUGGUGGUGAAGCUGGCCUGCUCGGACGCCCGAGUCAACAACGUUUAUGGACUGUUUGCCGUGUUCGUGUCCAUCAUCAUCCCUCUGAUUCCCAUCAUGUUCUCCUACACCAGAAUCCUCCAGGUGUGUUUUUCUGGCUGUAAACAGACUCGGCAGAAAGCCGUCACCACCUGCACCCCUCACAUCGUCUCCCUGCUCAACUUCUCCUUCGGCUCCUGCUUCGAGAUCUUUCAGAGCAGGUUUAGCCGAAGCAGCCUGCCCGUCAUGCUGCGCCUCCUGCUGUCGCUGUACUUCCUCAUCAUUCAGCCGCUGCUCAACCCCGUCAUGUACGGCAUGCAGAUGUCCAGGAUCAGGAGAGCGUACCAGGAUCUGAUCUGCUGUCGGACACUCAGGAUCCUCCACAGGUCCAAACUGAAGUGUGAAUGUGUUCUGGUUCUUUCCUCUGUGACGAUCUUCUGCUUGUACACGUAUGGACAUGUGGAGUUUUGUAACCUGGCCGUCAUGUCCUACGACCGCUACGUGGCCAUCUGUCACCCUCUGCAGUACAGCACACGCAUGACGCUGACCAGAGCAGCAGUGUGUAUCAGUCUCCCGCUGCUCAACCCCGUCAUGUACGGCAUGCAGCUGUCCAGGAUCAGACAGACGUACCGGCACGUGUUCUGGUACAAGGUUUGGGCUCGUCACCGAGACGGGACCGAGGCGUGA